CCCAGUUUUAACCCAUACCCACAAUGUUGGCAACAGUUGGCAACAUUUGGCAACAUGCUCCCAAUUCAUGGCUGGAAUGUGUGCCUUGUGCGGUGUGAACACUUCAACUUCAAACAGCGUCUUAGACGUGGUGGCAGCGUAUGCCCCCACGAAGUGGCUGGGGCGCGCAGCGAUUGGCGUUUGCUUCAACCACUGGAAAAGUGGGUGGAGAGGCCAUGAUUCCCGGGCAGGGAACUGCCUUGAAAGCCAGACCUGUGCAGCAGGUAAGCCAUGGGAUUUCUGUCCCUCUGCAGCGGCCAGCUUCAAACAGCCAGGGCGGAAGUCGAAGGCUAGCACCUUUGUUGGGCUUUGCUGCUGGUGCCGUAGCCGCCACGACCCGGAGGGCAGCGCCUGCGACCUCAACGCUGCCGGCAGAGAAGGUCCAGAAUCUGAUUCAGGAAAACGAAGUGAUCAUGUUCUCGAAGACCACGUGCCCUUUCUGUAGCAAGGCCAAGGAGGUGUUGCAGUCCACAGGGAGCAAAUUUGUGGUGGUGGAGCUUGACGAACUUCCUGAGCAGGAGGGUGCUGCCAUGCAGGAUCUCUUUGCCGAGAUGACGGGUGCUCGCACUGUGCCCAGAAUCUUUGUGCGUGGACAAUGUGUCGGUGGUUGCGACGACCUCCUUGCCCUCCAACAAGAUGGGACUCUGCAGAAAGCCCUUCAAUCGAAGUCUUUUCAGAUCAAGGUCUCUGAGGAAGAGUGGCGCAAUAAGUUAGAUCCCCGCCAGUAUCGCAUCCUUCGUCAGCAAGGGACGGAACCUCCGGGCUCGCAUGCCUAUGACCGCUUCAUGCCCGCGAAGGGAUACUUUGCCUGUGGGGCCUGCGGAUUACCGCUCUACUCUGCCAGCUCCAAGUUCCGCAGCAGCUGUGGCUGGCCGGUCUUCAAGACCUGCUACUACUCGAAGGACGCAGGUGGCUGCCAUGUGGGUACUGUCUCAGAGUUUGGCGGGCUGGAGAUCGUUUGCAACCGAUGUGCUUCCCAUCUUGGCCAUGUCUUCUUUGACUCAUUUAAGCCAGACAACCCCAAUGGUGAGCGACACUGAGCCAACGGGCUCUCCCUGACAUACGUCGAGGGAGAGCCUGACAUGGAGCUGACCGAGGACAAGGUUGACUUGCAGAAGCCUGGGGCCCAGAAGGGUGCAGGAGGCAGCUGCAGCAUGAUGUAAGGUUGUCGCACUUUCGAACAGCUUGCUGCUUUCGCUGGCCCAUUCGCAAAGAGAUUUUGGAAGGUGUAUGCUCAGUGAACCUGGAUUUUGAUCAAGGACUCAGGUGCUUGGUCGGAUCGACAGGUGAGGUUCGCAUGCCUUCCUUUCAGAGUCUCGACAGCGGUCCGGACCACGGAAGCUGAGAGCUGUACGGAUUCUCUUGGAAGCUGGACAUUGUUUGCAUUUGUUUU